AACUUUAUUGAAUACAUGAGUCUCCCAUAAACUCAGAAAAUAUCUAGUAUAAAAUAUUACUAGCUAGGAAGCCAAGCAAUUACAACUUAGAGUUGAAAUCUUCAUUUUAAAUGCUAAAGAAUAAUCCAUGUGGUAGCUUUUUCCUGCCCUUGAAAAGCUAUUCUAAAAGAUGAUCAACAACAGAAUAUCUUGGGUUUGGAUGAUGCUUCUCUUCCUUUGUUUCGCGUUCUAUAACCUUUCAGCUUUUCAAGCUAGGCCUAUUUCCAGUCAUCAUCCAAAUGCAGUCGUCGUAGGAAGUGUUUACUGUGAUGUUUGUCACAAGCAGGAUCUGUCAAAGGCCAGUCACUUCAUUUCAGGAGCUAUUGCGGCAGUAGAAUGUGCCAAUUCAGGCAAAAGAAAAAGAUUUUAUCAAGAAGUGACGACCAAUAUGCGUGGAGAAUUCAGUAUACACCUUCCUUUCUUGGUGGACAAACAUGUCAAGCAUAUUAUGGGAUGUUCGGCCAGGCUAAUCAGCAGCAGUAAGCCACAUUGCGCUGUGGCAUCGACAGAAGCUUCUUCUUCUUCUUUCCGACUCCAGUCGAGGAAAAAGGGAACACAUAUUUUCUCUGCUGGAUUCUUCACUUACAAACCUGUCUACCAACCAAAGCUCUGCAACCAAAAGCCAAGCAUCCAUAGUACCAACAAGAAAGAAGCAUAUCCUGACAAGUCUUUAACUUCAACUCCUAAUGAUCCCAUAUUUUAUCCAUCAAUGUCAAGUUUUAUUACCAUUAAUCAAGGCUUUCUUCCACCUCUUCCAGGACUGCCUCCUUUGCCGCAGCUCCCUCCUCUGCCACCUAUUAUAGUACUUCCACCGAUUUUUCAUUCACCUCCAACAUCUCCACCUUCAAUAUUUCCACCAACUUUUCAUUUACCUCCAAUGGCUCCGCCUUCAAUAUCACCUCCAAUUCUCUCACCACCUAUAUUUGGUUCCACUCCACCAUAUGUACCAGGUUUAACCCCAUUACGACCAACUUCACCAUUUCAUCUCCCUCCAUUCCCAUUCCGACCUAUGCGUGGCUUCCCUGGAGUUCCUCACAGUUCUGCUUCAUCCCCGAAUAAGAACUCCCCUUAGUCCGAAUGCAACAAUACAAAAACCUGCAAAAUUCUAGUAGUUAUACAUCGAACAUUAUAUGGGAAUAGCUCUCCAAUAAAUUUAGUCCCUUGGAUUCAAGAUAGAAGGAAAAAAAAGAGGGAAGAUAUAUUGAGGACUUGGUGAUAAAGAAAUACAGGACUCACCUACUUAUGAUUAACUAAUGGGGAACUGUACUCAUACUACCACUUAACAUGAUUCUGACCAAGACCUUUUUCUUGUUUAUUGAUUAGGAAGCAUAGGGGAAGUGACAUUGGGGAUCAAAGUUACUGUGAUUAUUUAUAAAGUUCCAAUAAAAGCUCAUUAUUAAUAAGUGACUGUAGUAACAGCUCCUUGUUUCUAAUUCUUUUGUUACUAAUAAAUAUAAAGAUACAUUCUGCAA